CACAAUGUGGUCACUAUAACUAAGGAGUGGGGCGACAACCUUAUAAAUCUUCAUGGCCACAUUAAUCCAAAUGCCCCCCCUCCCCGAUAGAGAGAGAGAGUCAUUUACCUAAUUCUACAACAUCAGUAAGGAGUUUGGGUUUGCAAUGGUUGUGGGAAGGAUGUUUGAUCCAAGCCCUAGGAAAUUUGCUUUGCUAGUGACUGGGGUUCUAAACCCACAAUUUACCAGCCGUUAUGGAACCAUUACCCUAAUAUUUGAAAGGUUUCUAAAGGAGGCUGGUGAAGUAUGGGACAGCUUUCUGGUGGUUAAUGGAGAUUUCUCCUUCAUGGAUGGCAUUGAUGACUACUCAGGCUUUGUGGUCACAGGAAGUCAAUUUGAUGCUCAUGCCAACGAUCCAUGGAUCCUUCAACUUUGCCAGGCCCUAAAACAUUUGCACCAUAUGAAGAAGAAGAUUCUAGGUAUAUGCUUUGGCCACCAGGUUUUGGCUCGUGCAUUCGGCGGUUCAACAGGAAGAGAUCCAAGUGGAUGGGAUAUUGGUUUAUCCACUAUUAACCUGGAUACAAAGAGAAUCAAAGAACUCUUUGGGUUAGACGUAACUUCACAAGUGAAAGUUAUUGAGAUCCAUCAAGAUCAGGUUAAGUGCCUUCCUCCAGAUGCUUUGAUUCUUGGAUCUUCUAGGAAAACAGGAGUAGAAAUGUUUUCAAUUGGAAACCAUAUUCUUGGUAUGCAAUUCCAUCCUGAGCUUACAAAGGAAUUUGUAAGAGACACAACGAGUGAUGCUUUUGUGCAGAACGGAAUUACUGCUCAGUUUGCAAAGGAAACCAUAGAGAGCCUUGAACAAGGGGAAUUGGAACAAGUUGUGAUAAAAAAGUUGUGCAAGACCUUCUUGAAAGGCCAUCCAUAAGGUGGUCUCCCAUUUACAAGUUUCAAGCCCCGCUUGAGAUCAUUUGGGUAUGAUCAGUUCAACUUUGUAUAUUAUUUUUUAUUUGCAUCUAUAUAUAUGUGUAUGAUCAGUUCAACUUUGUAUAUUAUUUUUAUUUGUAUCUGUUAUAUAUGGGUAUGAUCAGUUCAACUUUGUAUAUUAUUUUU